AUGGAGCAAUCCGACGACAAUGGCAUCAAAAUCUACACCAUCUCCUCGUCAGCCAACUUCGACCACCAACCACCGUCACCACCACCCAUGCCACCGCCAGACUUCACUACAACCACCGGUGGCCGGAGACGGAGGGCAAUGGCAAACGGGGUCCAGAAAACACUCUCGAAGACUUCAAUGCUCGUAAAUUUCCUCCCGACAGGAACCCUUCUCACAUUCGAGAUGCUGCUACCCUCCGUCUACGGGAAAGGCGAAUGCACCACCGUGACCACCUUGAUGAUCAACGUCCUCCUCGGAAUCUGCACUAUGUCGUGUUUCUUCUUUCACUUUACAGACAGUUUUCGUGGGCCCGAUGGGAAGAUUUACUAUGGAUUUGUGAGUCCAUGGGGGUUGAAAGUGUUUAAAUCGGACAUAGGUGUGGAAGUGCCUGACGACGAAAGGUAUAAACUUGGGUUCACUGAUUUUGUUCAUGCGAUGAUGUCAUCAAUGGUGUUUGUAGCGAUUGCUUUCUCGGAUCAUAGGGUUACGAACUGUUUGUUUCCAAGGCAUACGAAAGAAAUGGAUGAAGUUAUGCAGAGUUUUCCGUUGAUGGUUGGGGUUGUGUGUAGUGGUUUAUUUUUGGUGUUUCCAAACACCCGAUAUGGGAUUGGAUGUUUGUCUGCUUAA